UUCAUGUAGGCUAAUAUACAGGCCGGCGCUGCAAUUUCGGAAUCUGCCCUUGUAUAUGGCGGACGAAAUUUCCACAGGAGGAACUGCAACACAAACCCUCGUAUGCACGGCAGGAACGGAAAGCUUUGCAACGGAGACAGAAAAACAUGAAUCAUCACGCCAUUACUCUUUCUUAAAAUGUAACGCAGCGUGUCGAGGAGGCAGAAUAACCGGCGGUGGUGGAAAUUUUUUUUCAACAUUUGGGAAAUUCUCAUAACUAAUUCACAAUUUUUUUUUGAGGAAGCAGUUGUGCAGCAGUCACCUCUGCUCGGGGAGGGAAGAUUUCUGGAGAGCCUGUUUCGCAUGAGCUGCAUCGUUUUUGGAGAAGCACGGGUGCAGAGGAGGUGGAGUCAUGAGUGUACAAGAGGCACCCAAUCCUGUAAAGGAGCAGGAGGAUGCUAGUAGUGCUCCCCCGGAUGCUAGCAGUGCUGCUCCAGAAGCUACCCCCCCACCGCCACCUCCACCACCACCACCACCACCACCACCUGUAGCCCCAAAGCCUAGGAGUCCCAGUCCACCACCUGUCACAGUCACAGUCACAGUAAAGAAAGAGCCUGAGACCUCAGAGUUAAGUAACGGGACAGUGCCUGACACCAACCCUGCUGAGAUCUGUGUUGUCUUGGGUGGAGGUGAUGGAGGAGUGAGUGGAGCUGCAAUCCGUAGACCUCAACCAGAGGGUAUCUUUGCUCUCGGUACUCCUCCUCCGACAAAGAGCACAGACUCAUGCAUAGGUUCAUAUGUAUGCGGGGUAUGUGGGAAGAAGUACAAGUACUAUAACUGCUUUCAGACACACGUCAGAGCGCACAGAGAAUCAGAGAGCAUGGUUGCAGAUGGUCUACCCCCGACGCCCAACAGUAGCUUCCGAUACUCCUGUGACAUCUGUGGCAAGAAGUAUAAAUACUACAGCUGCUUCCAGGAGCACCGUGACCUGCAUGCAGUGGAUGAUCCAUACGAACAGGUAGUGUUACCUGUGGAUGGCCUUAAAGAGGAGGAGCCUGUUGAACCCUACCAGAAAAUUGGACCAAGGGAAAAAGCACUCGCCCACCUGUGCAGAGAGCGCGGGUUCUUCCGACGGCAGCGGGUGUCCCUUCAAACGCAAUUGGCAGUGUUCGCAGAAACAGGGAGCUACGUUUGCGAGUACUGUGGGAAGCAGUACAAGUACUUCAACCCGUACCAGGAGCAUGUUGCUCUGCACACGCCAAUGGGUGAGCCUCAGUUAACCGCAAUACCUGGUAUACUAAAAUGCUCCUUUGAUUUGAAGGCAUCACGGAUACCUGAAUGUGGAAGCAUUGAUAUGAGUAAAUUUGGCCACAGCCCAGCUGCUAAGAUAAAAAACAGUCCAUUCAGGCGGAAGCUGGAAAGUGCAAUUCAGUCUAGCCUGGUUGACACAAACAGCUCGCAGAACUCAAGCGGAACUCCGAGCCCUCUGGUGGCCAGCACCUUCACCACAGCCCAAAAACCCUACACUUGUGGUGCCUGUGGCAUCCAGUUCCAGUUCUAUAACAACCUGCUGGAGCACAUGCAGUCCCACGCUGCUGACAAUGAGAACCACACCAAAGGCGACUCUCCUAAAACCUCCUCUGUCUCUGGUCCUCACGAGCCACUGUGGAGAGGUUCUCAGACUCAGACUCAGGCCCCGGCCCCGGCCCCGGCCCCGGCCCAUCCCUCAGUUAAACUACAAAUCCAACCUCAAAGUAUCACCCAGAGAAAUCACACCAUCAGCCAGAAUAACGGUCUACCUGAGAAGGAGCGACAGCAGGUGGCCGAGCGUCUCUUACGGGUAAUGUGCUCAGACCUGAGCAUGCUCAACGUGCUCAACAGCAAGGACUUCCUGAAGUUGGCGCAGACCCUGGUGGAUACAGGCGCCCGUCAUGGAGCCUACUCCACCCGCGAUGCAUUCGGCAGCAUGAGCACCUUAGCGCUGCGCCAGCUGCCCCGCAUGUACAACCAAGUCAAAGUCAAAGUCACGUGUGCUCUGGGCUCCAACGCUUCUCUGGGCAUUGCUGUCACCUGCCACUCCCAGACCUCAGGUCCAGAUGCGUGCUACGUGCUCACAGCCUACCAGGUAGAGGGGUCCAGACUGAAGCGCUACGUGCUCGGUGUGAGGGAGGCUGAGACGAGAGAGGGGCCCGAGCAGGUUCACCACUGGGUGCAGAAUGUGCUGUCGGAGUUUGUCAUGUCAGACAUCCGCACUGUGUACGUCUCCGAGCCAAGAGUGUGGGCGGCGGGAUUUGCGGGGUCGCCUCUUAGCUGCGGUCGAGGCAGGAUAUGCUUAAGAUGUGCAGGGUGUUCGCUCGGUGCCGUCGUCCAGGCCGUUCUCGGGAAGCGCAGCCUCCAGGCUCGAGGUCUUCACGAACUAGCCGAGCUUCUCUCCACAUGCAGAGACAUCGCCACCUCCUCCUCGCUGGCCCUUCGCGAGGAACAGUUCAACAUGUCCGCAAGCACAACAGAGGAUGGUGCACAGGGCAGCCCCGCACAAUGCCCCACCCCACCAUGCUGGGAUCGUAUGGCUGAAGCUCUCCUGCAGGUUCACGCCCACUUUGAGCACAUUUGUGAAGCGUACGGACGCAGUAAGUCCACGGCUCCUCUCCUGCAAGGUCUCAACAAGCAUCUGCUGGGUACGCUGGCUUGUCUGCUGUCUCCUCUGCGUCUGGCAGCUCUGGAGCUGAGCAGCCAGAGGAGACCAACCUUACAGCAGGUGCUGCCCGUCUACCUACGCCUGGAGAAGUUUUUCACGUCAAAGGCUGGAGAGGCUGGGACCGGCACAGCUAGCAAACUCUGCCACUACUUCCUGGAAGCACUUAAGGAGAAUUUCAAGGUUGAGCGAGCCCAUCAGGUCGCCAUGGUGCUGGACCCACAACUCAAGCUGCGUACAGUGCCGGCCUACCAGCAUGAAGACAUCAUUUCCCGUGCUUGUGAAAUGGCUGCAGAGAACAGAGAUGGAGGAUUGUCCGGUGGUGGAGGCUCAGGCGGCGAAGAGCGGGACACCGACGGCCCACCGACCCCCAAAAUCAGCCGCAUAGAGGGAGCGGGAAACAACGGCAGUAUCGUGAGGGGAAGUGCUUCAUCCUGCCCCGUGUCUGGUAACGGCGAUAGUUCAAACCAAGUCAGACAAGAGAUUUUUCAAUACCUGGCUGAACCUCUCCUCCAAGGCACACCUGACCUCUUCCAGUACUGGAGCUCAGCGGUGGGGGACAAGUUCCCCAAGUUGUCUCGCCUGGCUCUGUGGCUGCUCGCCGUGCCCGCUGUGGGCAUCCGCAGCGAGUGCGUGACUGUGUGUGAGCAGAGCCUGGCGAUGAAGAGGAGGCAGCAGGUGACGGCAGAAGAGAUGAACAAACUUAUUUUCCUGCGCUCCAACAUGGGCUAGAAAAACCAACCCUAACCAACCAAACCUUCACCUCCAACCAAUGACUGAAGACUAUUAUUUAUAUACUUUAGGGUUAGACUUACUGUAAACUUAAACGUGUUUGGAAACUUAUAUUCUUCUCGAGACAAAUACUUACAGGAAAAUCGCAUUGUACAGGUCUCAAUUAUCCAUAAAACAACACGGCUUAUUCCAUAUUUAAUACGGAGAAAGGACUGUCGUUAAGAAAUGUGGAACAAAGUAGGGGUGGAACGCUUGAUCUCAAAAUGUCCUGUUUUGUAUGCCUCCCACAGUUUGGGAUGCACACAUAAGCAGGAUCAGUUUCAGUCAUAUCACAGCCAGUAGUUUGAAUUACUCCAGCCUAAAGGCUCUAAUGCUGUUAUUCUCUCUGGAUGGCAACAUAUUCAGGUAAAGUCAGCUUUCACUGCUUGAACCUGCUGUCAUAAACCUCUGAAAACAAUCCUGCCAGAUUAAAUCAAGACAUAUAGCAGUGAGUUCUGCAGGAUACAGUAAGUCAGGGAGUUAUUGUUUGAGGUGGUGUAUGACAAAAAAAUUCAAGUGGUGAAUCCUCACUGCCAAUGCACCUCUGACAAUGAACUAAACCAGGUUUAUAAUUUACUCACACAAGUACCACUAUCACAUCUUUUCAACACAUUCACAGGAAAAAAUCAUUGCAUCCAACUUGAUGCUUGCUUCAGUGGCCUAAAUAUGUAGCUGUGCAUCAUUUGCAUGCGCUGCUCUGCAUGCAUUUUUCAUUCAAAGCAGCUGAUAAAAGAUUAAUGAUAAUAUGAUGUUUCCCUUUUUUGUUUAUGUUUUAAAAAUUGUGGAAAAAAAACUCACCCAAUAGCAUCUUUCUGUCUGAACUGAACUUAAAAGGGUCUUUAGCUGCUAGAUAUGCAAAUCAGACAGCUAGAUUUGCACAGAAGGGCCAGUAACAUGAAGUCAGAUUGAAAACAAACAUGAAGCUGUAGGUUGAUUUUUCUUCUAACAAUUUGUUGUUAAGUAGAGAUGCACCGAUGAGAGAGAAUGAGGGUUGAUACAGAUACAGCUCUUAAAUAAUUAUUUAGCCAAUUCUGAAACCAAUUCAGCUCUUGUUGCUUAAUUUUUUUAAUAUUUAUUCCCUCAUCUGGGCUUCAGACUCAAAUUUAUCUUCUCAAAGCAAACGUUACUAUACACUUCGAUUAAGCGUAAAUACAAUCAUACAAAUAAACAAAACAAUCUUCAAUUUUAGCCUUACUUUCAUCAAAAGUAAGAUAAGUUUUAGGUGAAAACUGCUUCAAACACCUCUUUGGAUGCUGUAAAAUCACAAACUAACCAAGAAGUGACUGGACCAGUUUCUUUUUUACCUUGACAUGUUUCAACUACAAACUUGAGUCACGUGAUGUUGCUGUGAUGUGUCUGUCGACUGUUCUAUAGACUAUAGAGGUUUGGUUGUCCCACCUGAACUGGCAGGACGACCACACCCUACUGAGGAAGACUGUUUGAAGUUUGUAGUUGAAACAUGUCGGGAGUACAAAAGAAAAAAAAAACACUGGUGUAGUUACAAGAACUGUCUCACUACAAUAUACAGUCAGACCAAAAGAAGUGGUUCUCAAACAGCUUCUUUUUAAAAAAAUAAUGCUGAUAGUUGUUCUACAAUGAAAGGAAAUCAUUAGAAAUGCAGUAAAAUCCCCACAAAAACAAACAAAAUGAUAAUAAUAAUUAUGUACAUUAUAGGGCUUUCAUUUCACUCCAAAUGUGAAAGUUGUUAUCAAAAGGAAAAAACCUUACAGAAAGUUGAAAUAUGGGCCUCAUUAAAUUGAUGCAACGCAACAGAUAAAUCAGCUGCUACAAUCAGUGAAUGCCAAAGUAUUUGCCAAUUGGCAGAGUUCUGUCAACAGCAUGUUUCAGACUAUACCAAUACGCAGAUGAUACACUGGUGUAUCUCUAUUGUUCACAUUUACAAAGAGGGCAACAUCAUAUUGCAGCAUUUCUGCUCUUGACAGGAAAUAGAUUAUCAUACUGGAUAACUAAAUCAAACAUGGUCCUUUAAUGUUUGAUGGUACAACCCAGCUUCAAUAUCGCUAAGUACACAUUAAUGGCACCUAGAGGCCGCAUUGUCCGGUCUGGUGAUAAUUCAGGAAUAUCACAACAUCACAUGCAGUCCCCUUUAGGUUGCAUCAAUGUUUUUUUUCCUUUGCCUCCCCCUCACAAAAACAGCAGUAAUAGUAUUAUUUAUCAGUUUGUUAAGCUUAUAAACAAGGAUUUAUUUCAUAAUGACUUGAAUCCUUGUGCGGUCUCCCACUGUGCAUGCUUUGCUGUGCUGUUUAUUUUUUGUUUUUCGAAGCUUCAUUAGUAAAGACUUCAUUCUAAUAUAUACAUCGUCUUCCUCACGUAAGCUACAACUAUCCAUUUUCUAGGCAAUAAGCUUUCUCCUUGGGCAUAUUUUCCAACUUGAUCUACUACAAACGACUGUUCACAACGCUCCUUACAGGUCAUCACUAAAGCUCAAUUAUUUUCUCUGUUUGUGAAAUGAAUGGUAUUUUCUCAGGAAUGAGUGCACCCUAGCCGGCACCCACAACUCUUUAUUCCUCACUGUACUGAAAAACACACCUAACUGUGACCUCAAAGCUGAGGUAUGAACUGAACCAAGACUUUUGCGAGACGUUCCACCCCGAACUCAGUUAGUGCCAUUUGCAACAAACAAGGAAACAAAAAAACCCCACACAAACGCAUCACUGAGGGAUUAUUGUUUUAUCAGGAUGAAGCAAAUUCUGCCAGUACAUUCUCUGAAGUCAACACGCAUAAAGUGAAGUGGAGUUAUUUAUUUUUUUAUGGAUUGUAGUAUACAUUUACACGAGACGAUACCUCCGACAAAUGACUUGGAUGAAUGGAAGUUAUACUGUAAAUGAGUUUGUUGCCUUUGGUACUAAUCAGUAAAGUACUAGUUUGUCAUCUCUGUUUUUGGGCCUUAAGUCUCCUAGGUCAUGUGAUCACCUUAGAUCCUUCAAUCAGAGCCAACCUCAUGCCUUUUUAUUAUCGUUAAUGGCCUUCUUUUCUCCAUCUUUUUCUAAAAACGUGUAUUUAUUUGUGUCUUUUUCACUCCUGUAGAAACAAAGGGACUUCUGAUUGAUGGUUGGAAAUAGUGCCCUCUAGUGGUCAAAUGUAGAUAUGGACACCUGUGGUAUUGAACUAGUGCAUUAUUCUGAGUUAACGCAACAUGUGCUGUUUUUUUUUGUUGUUUUUUUGGACUCAUCUGCUGGUUAACACAACAGGUCAGGAAAUAUUGCUACAAUGAAAUCACUCAAGCACAAGAACCAAUCGAAGCAUUCUACACUUUAUGUCAUUCUCAAAAAAAACAUAUCAUGAUCAUGUGACAUGUUUCUCAGAUUUAGGUCCCAGGACAACUCAGUAUACUGCCUCAGUCUCCUCUUCAGUCCAGGUUUCAGUCUGUGAUGGACAGUUUCAGGUGUCCAGAACUAUGGGUAAUCAAUACAUCACUUAUUAUUUAUGUAGCGCAAAAAACACAACAAAGUCACAUCAUACACUUUACACAUGGAGCAGGGGGGUGUACCUCGGAGGGUGAGCCGUGUCUCUUGAGCCUUAGUUCCAGUGUCACAAAGCUGUCUGUCGUUUAAGUUGGUUGCUUUAAAUGGGCUUUAAAAGUGCUGUUUUUUCAUUGGUUAAUGCCUGCUGAUGCCUUCCAAUGACAUUAUAGAUCCUCAGCUUGUGGUAGAAAUUAUGGAACUAUACUUAACGUCAAUAAAUCCACAGAUUGAAGCCGAGCUGUUAAAGUAACAAACACUGUACGUGCAUCAGAAGUUACUGCUGAAUAUAUUCGUAUACUCCCUUACCUCUUGAGUUUUGCUUCCGUUAAAAUGAAAACUUUGGAUUACAGCAGGUGAUCCAUAAAGACCGAUCAGAGCAUCUAAGGAAGCUUGAUUGCAUUUUUAUGCUUGCUCUGAAAGGCCUGCUGGUUUUGCAGUGAAAAAGCAGAUAAUAUGAUUUUAAAAAAUCUUUAGGUAGCCUAUUUAUCACACAUCAAAUAAAACCAGUUAAUUAAAAUACUGAAUUUAUUUCCACAUAUCUUUCCGAAGGUAACCACAGCCUGCUUCUGAAAUGAUGUGCGUCUUUGUUAAAGUUCAGUAGUUAUUUUAUUAUAGAUAAACUUGAGGCAGCAGGAGUGAAAACUCGUAGACUUACAAAUGAGCAUGAUAACUUCCUGCUGCAUCUCUCUUUUCAUAUCUGCAGCAGCAUCAGUGUCAUUUGUAACCACACAAUAACUCUUACAUGUUUCAUAGUGUCAUAUCAGUCUGACUAAGCAAAUUGCUUGUGAUUGUACCUUUUGAUAAGUAACUGACGCACACAGAGCCUAAGGCAGAAAAGCCUGAGUUCACAGAGACAGUUCAUAACAAGCUAUGUGAUACCUGAUCUCUCUAACUGGGGCUUUAAGUUUUAUCAAGCCAGUUUACUUGAAGAAAGCCUAGUUAUGUUGACCUCACUUCAUGGUACACCCUCCUGGUUUGUUAUAUUAUUUAUAAAGCCAAACAUUACACCACAACAAGCAAGCACUUGGAAACAGCAGCAAGGAAAAAGCGAAAGUUCACUGUUGUAUCUUCGACCUUGCAGAUGUGCUUUGUCGGCCAGUGGGAACACAAAUGAGCUGCAGGGACGGUUUACUGUUAAGGACACAGGAAGUAGCAAGUCAGUACACUGCACAUGGGACAUUAAAGGGCAUCUGAGGGAAAGGAAUACCGCGAAAAGCCAAGAACAGAUUAUGUGCUCAGUAAAAUGAGAAUCUUUUAAGUUGAUCUUCUGUGUCAACAUGACGUCAGUCUGCUUUUAAAAGGUCUACAAUGCUUAAGAAUCUCCUUACCUCCAUUAACAGUUUUUGUUUAGUGUUCUUAAAAGCUUGUCUCUUCGUAAUGAGUAAAUCGACACCAGGCUGUGAGGAACAGUUUCACCUCUGUGCUCAGAAACGUACUCGCUUUACUUACUCCCAGUGGUGAUGUCACAGAGUCUACCUGCACAUCACUGCAGCCAGGUUAGAAGUUCAACCACUGGAGGUCAGCAGAGACAAGCUUUUCAGAGCGUGUUCAGUUACUCUUCCAUGUCUGAUUGUUCUUUUUCACUCCAAGGUUCUGAAUGGAAACACAAUUGUUUAUCGAGGUUCGAACUGUUCAUCUGUUAUGUCUCUGUACGGCGAGGGAGGAAAGACGCGUCAUCAAUGUGCUGAUUUUUGCGUACCUGAAAUCAAUCUGUCUACUGCUGUUUCAAACUUAUGUAUGUCACACAUCUAUAUUUUGGUACAAUCAGAAAAUUGCUGUAAAUGAUAUUUUAAAUUUGAUUUGUUUUAGAGCACCAAUCCAAUGUUUUACCUCAGUACUCAGAAGGUAUUGUUGUUGUUUAAAGAUUGGAAAAUCAGCUGUUGAUUCAAAUUCUAGCUUUAGUCAAAUAUAGUCAAAAUACUGUACAUUGGUUUUUGGUUUAAGCAGAGAUGCUCAAUUGAACUGAUGAAGGGAUUUUUCUUACAGUUUUUAAAUAAGUAUUUUAAAUAGAAUAUACUCUGGGACAAAACGCCAUUGUUGACACAAUGAUGUCAACCUAAUUCUACUCAGAAAUAGCGUUUGUUUUUUUUCCUUGAUUUACUGAGAUUAUAUCUAAGAUAUGCAUGCUUUUAAUAAGAUUACUGAUAUAUAAAGUUAGAGUCAACAUGAUUCAGUUAUACCUAAUGAGAAACACUGGUUUAUGAGUUACCUUCAAAGCACUCUUUAUCAGGAGUCAGAUAAGCAACCCGGGGCUGGAUCUGAACCCCCUCCAGGUGGGAGUAGCGACGCUGAUCAUGGGUUUGGUGUUUCUGGGUUGACAUCAUCCAUUUUCAGAGGAAGCUUUCUGUAAAUACAGGAGAACUGCUGUUUUUAUGCCACAAGGGGGAGCCUUCAUUUCAGAGAUACCGUAGGGAACACCAAUAACAUUAUACCUCUCUUUUCUACAGUAGCAUUUCAAAAAAGGUUUUGAUAUAAUAGAAAACUCAACUUAGAUACUGUUAUAACUCAGCUGUAAGGUUUAUUUUGUUCCAGGAUUUUAACUUAUUCAGAUAAUAAUUGUAAAAUAUGGUAUAAGAAUGCUAACAUGGAGAUCUGUUCUGUUUUAACUAUGGAUUAUAGUCUGCAUUAUCAAUUCAGGUUAAGAAACUAGUGUUGCUUUCAUCCUACUUUACAGGCAUUACUUCCUUUUUAUACUCUGCUAAAAAUGCAAAAAAUGUGUUUGAUUCUCUUCUUUGUUUUUUGUCUUUUUUAUCGCACUUUGGCAGCAGAUUCCUGUGUAGCUUCAGAUCUGAGUUGUCUUAUUAGUAAGCCUAAUUUAUACUUUUGUAGCAACACUAUUUUUAUAUAACGGCGAAGAAAGGGUUCAGUGUCUCUCUUUGGUUUGUUUAAUUUUUUUGUUCCUGUGUCAUAUGUGGCAGCGCUGUUCAAUGUUUCUUGAAUACAUUACCCACUGUAGUAUGUGAUGUGUGAAUAAACUCCAAAUCUGUGUCAAAA